UCCUUGCUAGCCCUCCAAAUCAAUGCCGUUGAAAUCGCUAUCAGAGAUACGUAGAAGUGGAGCCUAGAAAUGAGGACGAGAACGAAAAUAGCGCGACGAUGCACACAUAUACAUGUCGAAACUGCUCACAGUUUACCCGGCACCGAUAGAGGGCGAAGGUGGCCAUCUUACGCUAUGAGCUCGACUGUCUAUUGUUCGUCUUCCUUGGCCCACCUACCCUUCCGGCAAGUCGUUACGUACUCAGGGUCCCUGGGAUUAUACUGUUUCAUUGGGAUGAAGCACUGAAAAUGAUAAACACAAACUACUAAGGAAUUCCGAAUCUUCUCUUUCUAUACCGGUUUUCUCAACGCUUUAACUCUUUCAAGGCCAUCGAAAAAAAAAAACACACACGCACAAGAAAUCCUUUCUUCACAUGACGAG